GUUGAUGAAAAAUGUAGUAAUGAGUACGAGUGCUCGACUUUUCAGACAAGCAGAGGCCUUGAAAGCGGACGUUUCGGAUGGCGUAGGUGAUCCAUGGACAACUCGACAGAAGUUACAAAAUCUGUAUCAACAGCUUCUGAUAGGUGACUUGGAAUAUGCUCUGGAUAAGAAAGUAGAACAAGACCUCUGGAAUUAUGCCUUCAAGAAUCAGAUUAAUUCAUUGCAGAUAAAAGUUAAAGACAAGUCUAAUCCCAAACGUCAUGAAGUGCAGUCCAGUCUGACUUUGUUUCUAGAAGCAGCUAGUGGAUUCUAUCUUCAGUUAUUGCAGGAGUUAUGCAGUGCUUUUCACCUUGAUUAUCCAUGUCACGUGAAAUCAUCUAGACUUGGUAUUCUGAACGAACACAACCCAAACCACAGAAGAAUAGUGCAACCCCAGUUGAGUUCCUGUCAUUAUAUUUCCCAACAUUGCCUUGUACAUUUAGGAGAUAUCGCACGUUACAGAAAUCAGAAUGCCCAGGCCCAUACCUACUACCAGCAUGCAGCUCAGUUAGUGCCAAGCAACGGACAACCAUAUAAUCAGCUAGCUAUACUGGCAGCAGGUAAAGGUGAUCAGCUGGCCACCGUGUUUUAUUAUGUUCGUAGUAUUUCAGUCAAGCAUCCAUUCCCAGCAGCAGUCACCAAUCUACAGAUGGCAUUCUCUAAAAUGAUUGACAAGGAUGAAUUGAAGACACAUAAAAUAACCCCUGUAGAACUUGUAUUUUUUUUUGUACAGUUUCAUGCAUUAAUUUAUCUUGGUACAGAUUUACAAAGAGCAGUCAACAUGAAAGACAAACUAGUGGAACACUUCAGAAUGCAUAUAAAUCAAGAAAGUUUUACUUCGCAGCAACUAAUACAGAUUGUGGUUAUUAAUUUAUUUGCUCUGCACCAUAUUAAGAAUCCAUAUGAUCACUUACAAGGGGAAAACGGGGAUGCUGGCAGUGGAGAUGGUAAACAGUUGUGCUACAGUGGUGAUGAAGAUCUCUCCUGGAAUCAGGUCUUCAGUUUUAACAUGUCUCUUUUGAGUCUUUUACUUCAUUUUAUGCCAUCUAAAUCAGAACAGAAAGCCAGGGAGCACAUAAAUCUUCCAGCUGUCAAACUCAUUGUUGAUUGGUUGAUAAAUCAAGCUGGUAUUUUCACGGAUCCCAUCAUAGCUGAAAAAUCAUACAUAUGGCCCAAGCUUGCCAAGAUUCUGAAUGUUAUCCAGUUCCGUGAUAGAGUAGAUCGAAGUUUUGAAAAUGUUCCUGUAGAAGAGGACUUCAAUCUGCAGGGAUUUGUUCCACUGAGUAGACCACACAGUUCUCUAGAUUUCAACAAAGGUCGUAAGAUGAAAAUAGGUGAAGAAAUACAAAACAAAUUGAGAAUAGAGAGAUUGAUUGGAGAUGCCAAGUGGCUCAAUGAUAACGUUCCAUGUGUCAUGAAAGUUGAAAAAAGGCCGAAUGCAACCAAAAUAAAAUUCAAUAGUGCUGUACACCAUGAAGAGAAGAAACAAGAACUACUACACACAGUGCCACUAAAACAACAGUUGAACAAACCUGUCUCUGCAAAACAGAAGAAUGAACCAGUCCCAGUAAAAUCAAAGGACAUUUCUGUAAAACAAUGGAACGAAACCAACCCUGUCAAGCAGAAAACGGAACUAAAUGCUGUAAAGCCAAUUGCUGAACCAAAAAGGACAGAAAAUAUAACAACUAUAAAAGCCGCUCCUAAAAUUGCUGAAAGUCUGCAACAGAAUUCUCAACAAUCACCUGAGAGAAAAGUUGAAAUUAACUUGAAUACCAAGACGCAAAGUGUUGCUGUACAGGCUAUGCCAAACAAAGACUUGGAUAAACAUUGUGUUAAAAUCAUAGAGGUCAAAAAAGAUAUGCAGAAAUCACCAAAGCGUAACCAGGACUCUGGAAGAAGCAGCCAGAAAAACAGGCAUAGAGGAGAAGACAAAACCACUAUACCUGGAUAUGUUCAAGGACAAAGUCCGAAGCAAUCACCAACAAUUGGCAAAAGGCAGGUGACAGCUCAGUCAAAGCAAAUGACAGGGCAACAGUAUGACCAAGCACAGUCGGCACCAGCGAGUCAGGUACAGCUAUCACAAUUGCAGUUGAUGCAGAUGCAACAUCAAGGAUUCACAGCACCUAAUGUUCAACAUCCUAUGCUAGGACAGCCUUUAACUCAGAUUCAGAGGUCUGCAUAUAUACAAAGUCUACAGCAGAAUCAACAUCAAUCUCAGCAACAGGCAGGUCCGUUUGUUGCUCCAAUGGUUGGACAAAAUAUACCUGGAAUGCAGAGUCAGAUGCAGCAGCAGCAGCAGCAACAACAGCAACAACAUCCGCAGAAGCAGCAAAUGCAACAAUUGCAGUUACAACAACAGAAACAGUUUCAGCAGCAGCAGCAACAACAAUCGCAGCAACAGCAGUUUCCCCAACAACAGCAACCAUUUAAUACUCAAUUUCAACCACAGCAGCAGUUCCAAUCACAGCAACAACAGCAAGGAUCCCAACAAAUGCUGCAUCAGAUGAGAGAACAGCUGAUGUCGCAAAGAGUUGACCAGAUGUCUGAGCAGAGGGGUCAGCAAUUUCCUAGCUACCAGGCUGGACAAGGGGAUAUGCCAACAGAUAACCAAAUGCAAUACGCUAAUCAUAUGGGUCUAGGAAACCAAAACCACAGCUCUCAUCCCACAACACUACAAGAACUGGAAGCCAUGAUUCAAACUAAUCAAGCUCUGAUUGCAAGCUUCCAGCCCCAUACUUUUAAUCUACCUAGAGAGUCAAGCGAUGAAAACAUGUUGGACUUCAAUCAGUUGGAACAAGACUUGAAAUUCACAGAAAAUGAUGAUGAUAUGCCAUUCCCCAAAUUUGUGGAGCCUCCAGCACCGACUGUUAUUACUAGACCAACCAGAGUAGGUUAUCCUGGAAUUUCAGAAGAGUCAUCAAAUUUCCCUGUGUACCAAGAUCCAUCCAGUUCAAGUCUGUUUCCUACAGCUUCUGACAGUGGAAGUGAGAACCCCAAAGGCAGUGCGUUUUCAUUGUUUAAUUCACCAUGGACAGCCAGUGAAACUGACUGUCUGAACUUGAUAUCGUCACCCUUCUCCAGUAGAUCAGCUAGUUCUCAUACAUCACCACGUCAUUCUCCCUUGCCAGACAGUUUUGGUGGCAGCAAUCUAGGGCUUGGUUGGAGUUCAGAUGCUGGUGCUUGGGGUUCUCCUAACAGACCAUCUCUAUCUAGCUCACCUACAAGUAGCUUAUUACCAAGUAAUAUUCAGUCGAUCUGGUCCAGCCCUCCAUCAUCAUCAGGACCAACUCCAUUGGAGCAACUGCUACAACAUCAGCAACAACAACAGCGCAAUACGUGAAAAGAUGCAGUUUUUGCUCUGUGAAGGAGCUUAUCAAAGAUGGAUGAAUAGCUGUAUGUACAGACCAACCUAGAGAAUGGUUGAUUGUGUCUUGUAACACACAAGACAUCAUUAAUCCAAGUUGAGACCAACGAGUCACUCCUAUAUGGUCUAUAACGGUAUGCAUUGUGUAGACGACAUUGCUGUAACGCUUUGCGAUUGAUGACGAAAUUACAAUGAAAUGAGAAACAUCUAUUAAGUUGGAAUCAGAUCUAGUUUUUAGAGAACAGACCCAGUAGAUGCAGACACAUUUUCUAACAUUUUACUAUUAGCAUUGCUGUGCAUUUGACUAAUCUCCAUUGUAUUCUAUGGGGGUCAAUUAUUCGCAGUGGAUAAGUAACAAAUCAGUUCUAGCAAUAUGCUAUAGGAUUAAAGCCAUGUAAUAUUGUAUUUUCUUUUAUUCUAACUUGCAUUGUUAGGACAGCAGUGGGGCAGUACAUUGCUACGGGCAACAGCUCGCAUGAGCAUCCUAAUGUCUGUGUGAUUUAAUUUGCUUUAUACUUAAACCCUUUUUUACUUUGCCUAACUCAAGAGUGUUCUGGCCUAGAUGGUGUAUUGCUCUGACAAUCUAAACUUUGAAUGGGUGUCCUAUUUUACUACAAGUUGGAUCAAAGCAGCAAUUCCGACUGUAUUUCUGCUCAUAAAACAGGAUGAUGGGUGUAUCCUUCAGAAUGUAUUCCUUGUGAAGGUACUUUCUCUUUCAAAUCCAGGUCUAAAGUGAACACGUGUGUUUGCAUCACAUGUUUAAUAUGAUUAAAACGCAGGGGAGAAAAAUGUUUUCAUUUCAUGGUGCUGAAAUGUUGUAUAUGAACUCUAUCACUAUCAAUAUGAGGUGCUGUUUUGCUAUUCUUAUAUAUAUUUAAGUCUAGAAGCCUUAAUGACAGACAGUGUCAUAGUUAAGCAUUCAGAAUAAACAGUAUGUGAUAUGAGGCCGUAUACAGAGCUAGCAUAGGAAAGUCGUUUUACAAAAAUGGUUUACGUCUUGGCAUUUAUUGUUGUAAAUAUAGAUAUUAAGGAUUAUACAUGUAGUAUGCGAUGUAAUUAUAUUUCCCAAGGUAUGCUUCAAUGUAUGAUUGGAAGUUCUUAUUUAAAAUACAAAUGAAUUUUAUUGAAACUGUCAGGAGAUGUUUGAAUUUCCCCCAGCUGGCUGGUGUUAAAAUUACAGUAAACACACAUAAGGGGAACAAUAUCUAUAUCUGGAUGAUGAUGAUGAUGAUUAUUUAGACUAUGAAUUUUGAGAGUUUGAGCUAAAUUAACCUAGAUUUGGUUAUGUCAGUAACUUUUGGUAGGGUUUUGACUAAAACGAUAGUGUUGUUACAGGUAGAUGGAAACUACAUGCCUGUUCAAUACCACCAGUAAGUGAAGUGUCCAUGUCAAAUGCCAGUGCCUCCUUUGAAAUUAUUUUAAAAUGUUUUUUGAAAAGUUGUGUAAUUCAUAGUUUCAGCAUACAUGUAUAGGAAUUAACCCACAGAUUUCCUAAAACAACAUUCUGUUGACAAAAUUGUAUCAAUAUAUUUCUGGUAAUCAGCUCAUGUAUUUGAUUGUGAAAAGUACUUUGGGAAAGGCUGAUUAAAUUUAAUUUUCAACUUUCUGCCCACCUGGAUGGUGACUGACAUGUCUCGUUGUUUAUAAACUGACUAUUAACUUGCUUCUAACUUGAAUAUAUCGGUAAUCUUUUGUAUGCACAUCUAUGAACAACAUGGAAGUCUCUAUCUUUGUCACGUGUGUCCAACAGUUGCAUUGUGAUAUACCGGUAUGUAAACAACUCCCACACAACCAGCAUGGCAACAUUUUAUGUUUUUAUAGUAUGAAAAUUUUUAAUUGAAACACAUUUAGUUUCAUUCCUUGUGCUGGUUAACUAAAAGUAAUAAUCACUUAUUUCCUUUAUUAGAAGUAUUUCUUUAAUAAAAUGUUUUUGUAAAGUUUUCCUGUAUUCCAAUCUCACCCUGAUCUAUUAAUACAUCUAAGGCAUUCUAACGGAGUGUUAUGAUCAUGAUCUAUUGUAACAAUGUUGCCCUGAUGUGUGUUUUUUUAUUAACUAAGACAAAUACCAUAUUUGCUCUAUUAAAAGUGAAUCUUCAAGCACGUCACCAUCUUAAUUAAAGGCUCCACAGAUGUUAAAGCAAAACAAAUCCUAAAUAAUAAUAAUAAGUCUUAUUUUGACUAUUCGCCUCUGUUCUUUACAUGCGAUUCUAAUAAAGGAAAUACUAUACAUGUAUUGUAUGUGGAAUAACAGCAGGAGUGAAUUAAGCCAACCAGUUACUGUGGUCAUAUAAAAAAAAAAACAUAAAACAAGUACAUCCUCCUUUUCUACGGUAAUAUUGUUAUAUACACCAACAUCAGAAGCUAACAUGGUGACUGGUUGUCUAUACAUGCCUGGAGAUUGUUAUCUGAUUGGAAGUGGUUUGAUCAAAGCGUUUUUAUGAGGAUGCACCAUUUGGCUAUUAAUUAUGUGGGCAGUGAAAAACAACUCAUUUAGAGAGAAGAUAGUUUAGUCUUGGAACAGGUAACUCUCUAAUUACCUCUGGCAAUGAACAAGAUAAUCGCAUAUUACUUUUUUAAAACUUUUGCAUCAUAACUGAAAAGAAAAUGCAUGUUCCGUUAUAUUCUAUGUACUCCUCAGUGUAAGUGUGAGAUGGUAUCAUCCAAUCAGUUCCAAUCAGAUAACGGUAGACAUAAACUGUAAUACUACACUGGUAUACCAGUACACAAAAUAUUCAAAUUUAUUUAACCUUUUAAGCAGGCAGUCAAAUACAUAAAUUAUCUAAUUUUGCAUGUAAAUUAAUUAAUUAUUGCAAUAUAUGCUGUAUACUGUAGAAUACUUUAUUUUCGCUUGGAAUUUAUUUUCGCUGGAGGGAUGAUUUCGUGAAAAUAGAAUCCAGCGAAUAUACUUUUUUACCUAUAUUUCACAUUAAACUCAUCAAAAAUCAGUGAAAAUAAAUUCUAUACAAAACACCCAAAAUGCCUUUUCAGCGAAAAUUAAUUCCAGCUAAAAUAAAGUAUUUCACAGUAAUUGGUACAAGUGAUUUGAAAGGUGAUCAUACAUUGAACGGCCGAUGCACUUAUGAUUUACCAGUACUCAGUCAAAGAAUGUACCAGUGUGGGAGGUGUUUAUUUGACAUACUGAUGUGGUAGACAUUUCACUAUCUAGCACUGGCUCAUUCUUUUAAUGAAGGAAAUCUGUAAUUUGUUUUUAAAAUGAAUAAAUUUUGUUGUUUCUCAACAUCAACAAAGAUAA